AUGCUUCCUCCGCCGCCCUCCGCAACGAAAGGCCGUGACCCGUGGCCAUGGAGAGGCGCACCGCUGUUCCCACUCACCCCGGUGACCGAGAGCCCGCCCGCUUCGAGCGCCAGCACCCCCUCACUAGAGCAAUCUUCGAGCUUCGAGACCCUAAACGAGCCAAAUGCCGGCGGACUGCCAGGAGAAGCCAACUUUUCGUGGGCGAAAGUCGGUUCGAAGUCGAGCUGA